ACAAAAAGUUGGCGAAGCUUCAAAACCCUUCAAGAGAACAAAUUUGAAGAAGACAAGAAACCAUCUCUUUUUCAAUUUCGUUUUGACAUUAUAUGUCUGUUGAAUAUUUAUAAAUGGCAACGAAGUAUGGAGAAGAUGAGAAUGUGGAGGUCGAGCUAGAGCUAUGUCUUUCUCUGGGAGGUCCUUUCAAGAAAACAGAGAAAUCUAAACCAAUAGGACGACAAUCUGACGCCGUUGGAUGCGCGAAGGGUACCGGCGUUAAUCUUGAGGAUGAAAUGACGAAUGUGACGAGGAUAAAGGAAACGCGGAAGAAGCGGGAGGCGAAGCAGCAGCAGAGAAGCGGAGAAGAAGAAGAGAGCAAGAGGAUCAGAACAGAAUGUAACGGAGUUACUAACGGCGAGGAUAUGGAUUUGAGCUUUAGAAAAAUGGGUAACGGUUAUGGGUCGGGUCAACUUAAGGAAAACAGUAAAGACGUUACGAUUGGGUCACCCAUUUGCACCUCCUCCGACGUAUCCGAUCCCAGCAGCUCUUCUCGCCACGAAGGUGGAAGUGGCGACAUUGGGGCACAAUCUGGCCAAACCAAACCGCUUAGACCUCCGGUUAACAGCAUUCAGACCGGUACAGAGCAAACCGUGCAUAGCACAGACGGUUCAAAAGAUGCGGUGGUAGUGGAGACCCAAGCAUUGUCCAACUCUGUAACCAAAAUGACUGGGAAGCCACCAAAACCGCAUACCAACAGUAACGGUAACGGCAGAUUGCUUCCGUUUGCUCAGAUGCCUUGCGUGACUAGCACCGGUAACGGUCCCGAGGGCAAAACCGUAAAUGGCUUUCUAUACCGGUACUCAAAAUCAGAGAUCAGUAUAAUCUGUGUCUGCCAUGGAACGUCUUUCUCGCCGGCUGAGUUCAUCGUUCACGCCGAUACAGGGCAUUGCUUAUUCUCUGUAUCGAUGGAUCCUCAUCCAUAUUCUGCAAAACAGGUGGGGGAUGAAUUUGCAAGGCAAUACUAUCAGAUCUUGCAAAACUCCCCGGAAAAUAUCUCUCUGCUUUAUAAAGACAACAGUAAGAUUUCACGGCCUGGACUCGAUGGAACGAUGCGUGUCUUCACUUUAUCGGAUGUGGAUGAGAAUGAUCUUAAAAUGCAAUCUUCUGGUGGUUUUGAUUCGGUUGAGGUAACCAGUGUCACGUCCCAAGACUCUCAUGAGAAGGGUAUUGCCGUCGCUGUUUAUGGCUACUUCACUUUCAACGAGAGACCUGCGAGGAACUUCACACAAAGUUUCUUUCUUGCUCCCCAAGAAAAAGGCUACUUUGUUUUGACCGACAUGUUCAAGUUUGUUGAUAUACCCGAGGCUAAUGAUGUCAUAGAGGAGAAUGUUCCAGAAACAGAGGAAGCUGCACUGAGAGUUUCUGAAAAUGUCCCCAGGCUAUCUUAUGCCUCUGUUGUGAUGAAGGAAAUACGAAUAGGUCAAGGUCAACAUUUUUCGUCUUGUGAUUAUUCUCCAGAGAUAAAACCUAUAAAUGGGAACAGUCGGGAGUCUCAAAUGGUAUCUGAGGGUGCAGCCAUUUGCGUGAAAAAUCUUCCUCUAUAUGCAACCAUUGCCUUGGUUAAGAAUGCACUUAAGCAGUUUGGGGAAAUUAGAAGAGGUGGAGUUAAAGUUAGAAGCACAAAGUACUAUGAAGGGCAAUAUGCUUAUGUGGAGUUUGAGGAAGCAGAUGCCGCCAACAGGGCAAUAAUGGCGUCUCCUCUAAGUAUUGAUGGGUACAGAAUUUACUUGGAGAAGAAGCAACCUUACUACAAAAAAUCAGGUCAAAACUCUUCGUCUUGUGAUCAUUCUACAGAUAUAAAAGCUGAUGCAGGUGAUGAUACUGGAAAUGGGAACAGUCAGGAGUCUCAAGGUAAAAAAUUUGAGGAAGCUGGAGGCAUUUGUGUUCAAAACCUUCCUCCAAAUGCAACCAUUGCCUUGGUUGAGAGGGUAUUUAAGCAGUUUGGACAAAUUAAAAAGGGACGAAUUCAAGUUAGAAACCCUGCUAUGUCGAACUAUUGGUAUGCUUUUGUGGAGUUUGAGGAAGCAGAUGCUGCCGAGAGGGCAAUAAAAGCGUCUCCUUUAAAUAUUGAUGGGUACACAACUGACGUGGAGAAGAAGCGACCUUACUAUAGAAGUUACUGUGAAAGUCCAUCCGCUGGACCAGGAAACAUACACAGAGGCGAGGGAAUGAGAGGAACAGAAGUUAAUGACUUGCACAACUGGCAAAAGAGUAUGGAUCAAUCGGAGGAGCAGAUGAAGUUUCAGGAGGAACAAGGACGACAACACAAUCAAAACAGAUAUACAAGCGAGGAAGUGAGAGGAACAGAAGGAGUUGUUGGUCAUUCAUAUUCUGCAAAACAGGUGGGGGAUGAAUUUGCAAGGCAAUACUAUCAGACCUUGCAAAACUCCCCGGAUAAUCUCUAUACGUUUUAUAAAGAUAACAGUACGAUUUCACGGCCUGGACUAGAUGGAACCAUGCGUGUCUUCACUUUAUCGGAUGUGGAUGAGAAUGAUCUUAAAAUACAAUCUUCUGAUGGUUUUGAUUCGGUUGUGAUAACCAGUGUCACGUCCCAAGAUUCUCGUGAGCAGGGUAUCCUCGUGGCUGUUUAUGGCUACUUCACUUUCAACGAGAGACCUGCAAAGCACUUCACACAAAGUGUCUUUCUUGCUCCCCAAGAAGACGGCUACUUUGUUUUGACCGACAUGUUCAAGUUUGUUGAUAUACCCGAGGCUAAUGCAGCCAUUCCAUCUGCUAAUGAUGUCACAGAGGAGAAAGUUCCAGAAACGGAGGAAGCUGCACUGAGAGUUUCCGAACCAAGUCAAGGUUUUGAAAAAGUUCCCAAGCUAUCUCAUGCCUCGGUUGUAAGUGGACACUCCAAUCAUCAACAUUUUUCGUCUUGUGGUUAUUCUCCAGAGAUAAAACCUAGAAAUGGGAACAGUCAGGAGUCUCAAGCGGUAGCUGAGGCAAGCAUUUAUCUUACAUGGCUUCCUACAAAAGCAACCGUUGCCUUGGUUGAGAAUGCAUUUACGCAGUUUGGAAAAAUUAGAAGAGGUGGAGUUGAUAUUAGAAACAAAAAGUACUAUAAAGGGAACUAUGCUUUUGUGGAGUUUGAGGAAGAAGAGGCCGCCAACAGGGCAAUAAUGGCGUCUCCUCUAAGUAUUUUUGGGUACAGAAUUCCCGUGCAGAAGAAGCGAUCUUACUAUAAUGGUUACGGUGAAAGUCCUUUUGUAGCUGGACCAGGAAACAUACACAGAGGCGAGGGAGUGAGAGGAUCACUAGGUAACCCCUUUUGUAACUGGCAGAAGAUGAUGGAGGAAGUGAGAGGAACAGACGUCUGGCAGAAGUUAAUGAUGGGAUCGAGAGGAACUGAAGUUUAUGACUUGCACAACUGGCAAAAGAUUAUGGAUCAAUCGGAGGAGCAGAUGAAGUUUCAGGAGGAACAAGGACGACAACACAAUCAAAACAGAUAUACAAGCGAGGAAGUGAGAGGAACAGAAGAAUUUGGUCUGGAAGAAGAAGAGAACCAAAACUGGGAGACUUUAACGGAGGAACAGAGGAAGAUUCACGAGGAAGAAGGGCGACAAUACAAUCAAAACAGAUAUAGAAGCGAGGAAGUGAGAGGAACAGAAGGAGUUGGUCUGGAGGAAGAAGAGAACCAAAACUGGGAGAAGUUAACGGAGGAAGAGAGGAAGAUUCAGGAGGAAGAAGGGCGACAAUACAAUCAAAACAGAUAUACAAGGGAGCAAAUGAAAGAAACAAGAGGAGUUGGUGAGGAAGUGAGAGGAACAGAAGCUCACGAAGCUAAUAAUGCGAGUAAGCUUCAGGAGGAAGCGGGACAAACAGAAGUUGAUCAUUCUUGGGACUAUGAGCAGAUAAUGGAGGAACAAGAAGAGGAAUCAAAACUGAACCUGACUAGUUAUGCGGGGGAUGGAUUUGCAGAGCACUACUAUAAGACCUUGCAAAACUCCCCGAAGCUUCUCCCUCGCUACUAUAAAGAUGUCAGUAAGAUUACACGGCCUGGACUUGAUGGAACGAUGCGUUCCUCUACCUUACAGGACAUGAUUGAGGAUCUUGAUAUGCUAUCUUCUAGUGAUUUUGAUACGGUUGAGGUAACCAGUCUCAUGUCCCAAGAAUCUCAUAGUGGGGGUAUCCUCGUCGUUGCUGAUGGCUACUUCACUUCACAAGAGAGACCUGCAAGGAACUUCACACAAAACUUCUUUCUUGCUCCCCAAGAAAAAGGCUACUUUGUUUUGACUGACAUGUUCAAGUUUGUUGACUUCUCCGAGGCUAAUGAUGCGAUAACUGAAGGUGCAGCCAUAUGCGUUAAAAAACUUCCUCCUGAUGCAACCAUUACCUUAGUUGAGGAUGCAUUUAAGCAGUUUGGAGAAAUUAGAAGAGGUGGAGUUGAAGUUAGGCACAAAAGGAGCUUUUCUUAUGGCUUUGUGGAGUUUAAGGAAGAAAGUGCCGCCCAGGCAGCAAUAGAGGCUUCUCCUGUAAUGUUUGAUUGGCGUAGCGUUUACGUGGAGAAGAAGCGACCUGACUAUAUAAGUUACUGGGAAACUCCAUCCUCUGGACCAGGAAUUAUAUACAGAAGCGAGGAAAUGAGCGUAACAAAAGAUCCUGGUAAUAAUGGAGGUAACGAAGUUGCAGAUGAAGAAUCACUGAGAGUUUCUGAACCAGAGGAUGAUGAUACUGGAAAUGAGAAUAAUCAAGGCGUCUCCUCUAUGGGUUGGUCAGCAAAAACUUAAAGUGCAGAAGAAGCUUCAGCGAGUGCAGGAACAGAACUGAACCUGACUAGUUAUGUAGACCUGCAAUUUACAUUCACAUAUAUGGUUGUAGUGAUUUUUACCAACUGACUGUUCAAUUUUGGUUAUUGGUAGUGGCAAUAACUUCUUUGGAUUCAUUGUGAAGCUCAUUUUUUUGGUGUUUUGCAAUUAGACUCAAAGAAACUCGUUAUGAUAAAUAGAUGAACUUACU